AUGCAUUUUCACUCGAUUUUGAAGGCGCACAAUCUACACUGUGCGUUACCAGAGGGUUACAGUGCAUUACCUAGUAGUAUGGAAGACAAAACCAAGUCAUGCGCUUCUAAUGCUACAUCUUCGGAUAAAAACAAAGUACGCAGACGUCGGAAUUACCACUCCAAAGUUAUCACUUCAACUCCAUUAAAUGAAGGUUCAUGUCACCAGAAUAAUUCAUCAAUAACGAAAGAAUCAGGAACAUUCCCUUCAAUAACUGAACGCUUGCCAAGUGUACUAGGUAAAAUUUCUUCAUUGGAACAUAAAUGGAGCAAAAAUGUUCAUCAGUCAUGUAUUAUAUUCACAAACUUGGCUACACAUAUUUGUAAAAUACUAUUAGGUUCAUUAUCCGUGAACGAUCUUGAUGAUUGUAUUACAUAUACGCUAUGCGAUUUAUAUUUAAAUCAAAACGUAGAACAAACGAAGAAAUUACGUGUAGGCCAAAUUUUGGAAACGGGUUAUGACAAGUUGGAUGAACAUUUGACUAGUAUGGAAAAUUGUUGUACACAAUUAAAUUCCUUGGUCAACCAAUUCAAUGCUUUAAGCAAACUGGAUCAGAAUGAAUCUCUCUGUCAUUAUGCUACAUGUUAUUCAAAAAGCUAUUCUUCACUAAACACACAGAAGAAUUAUUCUAUGCCAGAAGAUACCAGUCUGCUGUCCAAUUCAGUUCAGUCACCUCGACCUUUGUCAUCAAGACAGUCACAACAGUAUAACCAGCUCUUUUUAUGGGAACCGUUCCGUGCUGAAUUGAAUGGGUUAAUUAAUCAAAUUGAACGUGAUUUAACUAUAAGAAGACAUUUAACCAAGAUCAUAUUACCUCAUUCUCUUCAAACUCAUGGUAGCGGUAGCACUGGGGAUAAUGAUAACAUACUUAGGCUAGUAUCAUUAUGGCGUCAUAUGGGACAAUAUGUUACGUGGUCGUCCGUUGUAUCAAUGUCUGAACAUAUUUUACAGAUACUUUCAAGUGAUAAAAAAUAA